AUGGAAGAUGGACAACAGUUGAAAGAGCUUGAGAAAGGUGUUACAGAGUUAAGGAAUACAAAAGCAGACUCGAAAUGGAUAUCUGGAUAUGUAGAUGCAACAAAAGAAUAUAUUUUCGCAUGGACAGAAGGAACAUACCCACAAAAAUAUCAUACACAUAACAUUUCUGACGUAAAUGAACUUCAAGAAAAGUUAUAUGACAUUAUGCAUCUAAGACAGGAACUCAAUGUGCUUAAACAAAAUUUGCCGAAUCUUAUUUACCCGGUUGGCUCAUUAUAUGUUUCAAUGAACUCUACCAGACCAGAAGUAGUACUUGGUUUUGGAACUUGGACUCAAAUAGUCGACAGGUUUUUGUAUUGUGCAAACUCUUCAAAGGAAACAGGUGGAAGUAAAACGAUUUCGGGUGAAAAUCUACCUGCACAUAGUCACUACAUAGAUUUAAGUACAUCUCAAGCAGGUUGGCAUAAGCAUAGAUAUUGGGAUUGGUCAGGAAUGAUAAAAGGUAAAGGAUAUGAUGUUAAAGACAACGUUAAGUUUGCUAUAGAUUGUUACUGGAGUAACACUGAGGCAGGAGGAAACCAUACACAUCGCGUUACAGGAUAUACGCAAACAACGGGACAAAGUAAAGAAUACAUGCCACCUUACAUGACAGUUUACGCAUGGUAUAGAAAUGCUUAG